AUGGCCAUAGAGAAUUCCGAGGGGGAUGCAGAGAGCAGCGGGUUGUGCGUACCGUCAGACAGCUUGGAUGAUUUGGAUUUCUUCCCCAACUUUUCCGACGAUUUUAUCUCCAUAACAGACUUAUUAUUUUCUACUCCGGAGAAGGCUACUGUACAGGAUGAGUCGCAGAACGAAAAGAGGAAAAGAUGCUAUAAGCCGCGUAGUAAAACAGGCGAAGGGAGAAGCCGAAGAUAUAGCAAUCCAAACGGUUGCGGGUGGAAGAAGAGAAAGUGCAGUCAUUGUGAAACCGAGGAUACGCCUCAAUGGAGGAUGGGACCUAUGGGACCAAACACUCUGUGCAAUGCUUGUGGAGUAAGAUAUAAGUCCGGGAGAUUGGUGCCUCAGUAUCGCCCGCUUGCAAGUCCAAGUUUUGAUAGUUCCAAACAUUCUAAUUUUCACAGAAAAAUUAUGCAGCAUAGAAGAGUAUGA